UGGGACACAACACAGUAAGAAGAGAAACUUAAAAAAGGGAUAAAGUGUUAUGCAACAGAGAGAAAGAGAGUAAAGUGAGAGAACUAAGAAGCAGAACAAAGCCACUUUAUUUUGUUCAUCUAACCUAAACCCUCCUCCUUUUACCUGUAACACUCUCACUUUAUCAGCGUGACACAACACAACCAACCAACCUAAGACCAAUGUGUAAGACGAUGUUCCUCUUUUCCUUCUCUUUAUCUCUUUCUGUCCAUUUCAUCAUGUUUUCAUUCUAAUCUUCAAAUCCUCAACCCCCCACUUCCUUUUUUCCUUCAAACUCUUCUUCCCCCUCCUCAAAAUUUUACCUUUACUCUCACGCUGAUGCUGAUGGCACACACCACGCCCCUCCACCGUUUAUGCCACCCCUUCACUCUCCUCUCCGUGAUUCUUCUCUGUGCAACCCCUUCACUCUCAAUUGAUGUUCACCUACAAGAUAAAGCCUCUCUUCUUCUGUUCAGGUCAAGACUGCAAGACCCUUACCAGAGUUUGUCCAACUGGGCAGCCUCCAACUGCACUUCAUGGACUGGAAUCACCUGUGACAACAGAACUGGGAGGGUGCUUUCCAUCAACCUAACUAGUAUGAACCUUUCAGGCCAAAUCCACCCCAGUUUGUGCCAGCUUUCGUAUCUCACCAAGGUGGGGUUGUCCCACAACAACUUCACUUCCCUUCUUCCUGAAUGUUUUGGAAAUUUGCUCAACCUAAGAGUUAUUGAUCUCAGCUAUAACAGGUUUCACGGUGGGAUACCAGACUCUUUUAUGAGGCUCAGGCACCUCACUGAUCUUGUUUUGAGUGGGAACCCUGGUUUGGGUGGUCCACUGCCUGCUUGGAUUGGAAACUUCUCUACAAAUCUGGAAAGGCUACAUCUUGGUGUGUGUUCAUUCCGUGGGGGCAUACCUGAGAGCCUUCUUUACUUGAAGUCCCUCAAGUAUUUGGACCUUGGGAACAAUCUCUUGUCUGGUAAUCUUGUUGGUUUUCAGCAGCCUUUGGUUGUGCUCAAUCUUGCUUCCAAUCAGUUUGCUGGUACUUUGCCUUGCUUUUCAGCUUCAGUUCAGUCUCUGACUGUGUUGAAUUUGUCUAAUAAUUCUAUUGUUGGGGGACUGCCUGCAUGUAUUGCUUCCUUGCAAGCUUUGACUCAUUUGAACCUGUCAGGGAACCAUUUGAAGUAUAGAAUAUAUCCUAGGCUUAUGUUUUCAUUGAAACUUCUUGUUUUGGACUUGAGUUAUAAUGAUUUUUCUGGUCCUAUUCCUAGUAAAAUUGCUGAGACUACCGAGAAACUUGUUGGCCUUGUUCUUCUUGACCUUUCUCACAAUCAAUUCUCUGGUGAAAUUCCUGUGAGAAUUACUGAGUUGAAAACUUUGCAGGCCUUGUUUCUCUCUCACAAUAUUCUCUCUGGAGAAAUUCCUGCCAGAAUUGGAAAUUUAACCUAUCUUCAGGUCAUUGAUUUCUCACACAACGCUUUGUCUGGUACCAUUCCAUUCAGCAUUGUUGGGUGCUUUCAGCUGUAUGCUCUAAUACUGAAUAACAACAAUCUUUCUGGGGUAAUUCAACCGGAGUUUGAUGCAUUGGAUAUCUUGAGGAUACUGGAUAUAAGCAACAACAGGUUUUCCGGGGCUAUCCCACUCACUCUGGCAGGAUGUAAAUCUCUCGAGAUUGUAGAUUUUAGUUCCAAUGAGCUUUCUGGAUCCUUGAAUGACGCAAUAACGAAAUGGUCAAACCUCAGGUAUUUGUCCCUUGCUCAGAAUAAGUUCAGUGGAAAUUUGCCUAGUUGGUUGUUCACAUUUGACGCAAUAGAAACAAUGGAUUUCUCACAUAACAAGUUUUCUGGCUUCAUCCCUGAUAUUAAUUUUAAGGGUAGCUUGAUAUUUAACACUAGGAAUGUCACUGUUAAAGAGCCAUUGGUUGCAGCAAAAGACGUUCAACUGAGAUUUUCAGAUGUUGUUUCUGAUAGCAAUCAACUCACUUUCACUUAUCAUCUAUCCUCAAUGGUUGGAAUCGAUUUAUCCAGCAACUUGCUCCAUGGAGAGAUUCCAAGGGGCUUAUUUGGUCUGGCUGGCCUAGAAUAUCUGAAUUUGUCAUGCAACUUUCUCUAUGGACAGCUUCCAGGUCUGCAGAAAAUGCAGAGUUUGAAAGCCUUAGAUUUGUCACAUAAUUCCUUGUCAGGGCAUAUUCCAGGAAACAUUUCUAGCCUUCAAGAUCUGUCCAUUUUGAAUCUGUCUUACAACUGUUUUUCCGGGUAUGUUCCCCAGAAGCAAGGAUAUGGGAGAUUUCCUGGUGCAUUUGCUGGAAACCCGGAUCUGUGCAUGGAAUCUUCCAGUGGCGUAUGUGAUGAUGGAAGGACUCAAUCUGUGCAAGGAAGUUCUUUCAGGGAAGAUAGGACGGAGGGACCAAUAUCUCUGGGGAUUUUCUUUAUCAGUGCCUUUGUUAGUUUUGAUUUUGGUGUUGUUGUUCUCUUCUGUUCAGCAAGGGCGAGAAAUUACAUUCUUCAAACCAAAGUUUGAUUUGAUUUUUGUGAUAGUGAUAGUUACAAAUCUCAUGUAAAUUCCAAUUUGUAAUCUGGUAGCUGGCUUCUCAGUUUUAAGUGAACAUACAGUUUAUUUGACUAGCAAUACUAUCUGGCCAUCAACUUCACCAGUGUUAUCUCAUGAGUAAUGAACAAGUGUCUCAGAAUCAGAACAAUAGGAUCAAAAUGUUAUGAUGAGUUGCAAAAGGUUUAAAGAACACCCGUAACUGGCGAUCGGCUUUAUCUAAGUGAAGACUAGUCCUGCAUCAUUCGGCCAGGAAAAGAAUAGAUGGUUGUGGUGAACAUGUGAUCCGAGUAGAGAUCAAUCUUUCAUCGUUUUGUUGGCGGUUGUUCUCUUUUGCUGAACUGGUUGCAGUUAGAUUAGAUUGCAUCACUGCAUCCAAUAUUCAUAAUCAAUGUGGUGAAGGGUCAGCAGCAGGAAACAUACUGAUUUGGUCUAGUUAUGGUGAAACUUUGAUCUUGUUCAUCAAACUGCAGAUUUGCAAGAAUGUUUAGUUGAAGAGAACUUGUAUCAUUCUAGAUUAACCUAGCUCUUUUCUUGGCUUGGGGAACCUAACUUUUCCCCAUAGGUGUUUUGCCUUGAGAUCGCCCGUUGAUGAAGUAUAGUGAGGAGUGGUAUGUGCAGACAAGAUAUAUGGAGCAGAUUUUCAUAUAUUUAAGAUUAUUAUUACAAUCACAACACCAUCUUAUGUGAUCAACUUUAUUUUGUUGUCUUUAUAAUUACAAGAAUGUGAAAGAGUGUUCCUAGA